GCCCCCCAUCUUCACUCGGAGGCGUCGGAAUGUUUGCUUUCUCUUAUUUAUUGUUGUUCCUCCUUGGCUGCUCUGUUGUAAAUGAUAAUUUGAAAUAACCUUCCUCCAGCUAUAUAGUUCUUUUUCUCGUCAAAAAUGUCUUCCUCAAUGAACAAGCAGCAGCCCCAGUCUGUCCACGGCACCCAAGAGCAGCGCAGAUAUGGCGCCUUUCAGAACAAGAUAUACCGAGAUGGGUUGCUCCAUCAGCAGUUCCCCCUCGUCACUACAGACCCCAAUAAGCUAGAAGAGCAAGCCAAAAGCAAACUGCCGCCAACGUCCUAUAAUUAUGUGGCGGGGGGAGCUGGAGAAAAAGCAACUAUGGACGCCAAUCGUUUGGCAUUCAGGCAGUGGAAAAUGGUGCCUCGCAUGUUGAGACCCACGACACAGCGAGAUUUGAGAAUAAAGCUGUUCGGCGAGACAUAUGAGAGUCCAGUUCUCAUGGCUCCAGUAGGAGUCCAAACCAUCUUCCACGAAGACAAAGAAACAGGUCUCGCGGAAGUCUGUUCCGAAAUCGGUGUUCCGUAUAUCCUCUCGACGGCGUCGAGCUCCUCGAUCGAGGAGGUUGCAAAGGCCAAUGGCAACGGCCCGAGAUGGUAUCAACUUUACUGGCCACAAGAUGACGAUAUCACCAUCUCCCUUCUGAACCGAGCCAAGGCCAACGGUUAUACAGCACUAGUGGUAACGCUCGAUACCUGGGCAUUGGCGUGGCGACCUGCGGAUCUGGAUGGCGCUUACAUCCCCUUCAUAAAAGGCGUGGGAAACCGAACAGGCUUCACAGACCCGGUAUUUCGUGAGAAGUUUGCGAAGAAAUACGGCGGAACCCCUGAGGACAAGGUUCAGCAAGCGAGUGAGGAAUGGGUUGGCGAAGUCUUCUCUGGUGCGGCUCAUACCUGGGAUCAGCUUGCCCUCUUGAAGAAGCACUGGGAUGGACCGAUUAUCCUGAAGGGAAUCCAACAUCCGGAAGAUGCGAAGCUAGCUGUCAAACAUGGAUGCGACGGCAUUAUUGUCAGCAACCACGGCGGUCGACAGUUAGACGGCGCCGUCGGAUCUCUAGAGAUGCUGCCCGAGAUUGUGGAAGCAGUGGGGGAUAAACUGACCGUUAUCUUUGAUAGUGGCAUUCGAACCGGGGUUGAUAUCAUCAAGGCAUUAGCCCUGGGAGCCAAGGCUGUCCUCAUUGGUCGACCUGCAAUCUACGGUUUAGCAGUGGGAGGGAAGCAUGGAGCAAAGCAGGUCUUGCAAGGCAUCUUAGCAGAUCUCGACCAAUCCAUGGGCCUGGCUGGGAUCCAAAAUAUCGCGGGUUGUAACCACUCCAUGAUUCGGAGGGUGCAAUAUGGAGGAGAUCUGAAGACUUCGAACUAGAUAAAGCGGGAGAGACAGAAGAGAGAGAGAUAUGACUUUUGCCCUAAGUGGCAGUUUAUGAACGUAGAGAUGACUUGAAGACAUAGCUAUAAAUAAUGAAUGAAUGAAUGAUCAGAAUG